GGUGGGGGGGUGGGUGGGAGAUGGGCUGUCUUGGGAAUAAUAAGACUGAAGACCAGCGAAAUGAGGAGAAGUCUCAGAGAGAGGCGAACAAAAAGAUCGACAGGCAGCUGCAAAAAGACAAACAGAUAUACCGGGCCACUCACCGACUUCUUCUGUUAGGGGCCGGAGAAUCUGGGAAAAGUACAAUAGUCAAGCAGAUGCGAAUAUUGCACGUCAACGGCUUCCAUGCAGAGGAGAAAAAACAGAAAAUUCAAGACAUCAAAAACAACAUAAAAGAAGCUAUAGAGACCAUCGUGGCCGCCAUGAACACGCUCACGCCUCCGUGCCAGUUGGCGUGUCCUGCAAACCAGUCGCGGGUCAAUUACGUCCUGAGCCUAGUGAACCGGAAGGACUUUGAUUUUCCUUCAGAGUUUUACGACCACACCAAGACGCUCUGGAAUGAUGAAGGUGUGCGAGCAUGCUGGGAAAGAUCCAACGAAUAUCAGCUCAUCGACUGUGCCCAGUACUUCUUAGACAGGAUCGACGUGGUGAGGCAGAACGACUACACGCCCACUGAUCAGGACCUCUUGAGAUGCAGAGUUCUGACAUCUGGGAUCUUUGAAACAAAGUUUCAAAUUGACAAAGUUAAUUUUCAUAUGUUCGACGUUGGAGGUCAGAGGGACGAACGCCGAAAAUGGAUCCAGUGUUUUAAUGAUGUGACGGCCAUCAUUUUUGUGGUGGCGAGUAGCAGCUACAACAUGGUGAUCAGAGAAGACAAUCAGACCAACCGACUACAGGAAGCCCUCAAUCUGUUCAAAAACAUUUGGAACAACAGGUGGCUACGGACCAUUUCGGUAAUCCUUUUCCUGAACAAGCAGGAUCUUCUAGCCGAGAAGGUUUUGGCAGGAAAGUCUAAAAUCGAGGAGUAUUUCCCAGAGUUUGCUCGCUACACCACGCCUGAUGAUGCAAUACCAGAACCAGGGGAAGAUCCCAGAGUGACCAGAGCAAAGUACUUCAUACGGGAUGAGUUUUUGAGGAUCAGCACAGCCAGCGGGGACGGUCGCCAUUACUGCUACCCACACUUCACCUGCGCCGUCGACACAGAAAACAUCCGCCGCGUCUUCAGUGACUGUCGGGACAUCAUACAGAGGAUGCACCUACGGCAGUACGAGCUCUUGUGAUCCCCCCCCCCCCCCCCACUUACCCAGCAGGCGCCCUCCUCACCGUGACCAGUUAGCCGGUCUCCUCUCCGCGGUUUUCACCCGACAACCAAUCCUGUCUGACCGCCCCUCCACCGGAUCCUUCUGGUAAUACGACUCCAUACCCCCCCGGAAAAGUGAGAAAACUUUUCGUCCUGGACUGCACUCCCUCAGUUUGGACGUUUUUUUUUUGUGUUUUUUUUUCCUCUCUCUCAUUUACACGACCACCCGCUCACAGGUACACAUGCACUACAGAAUAAGACAUCCAGACUAUUGAAAUACCACACAGCCGUUGGCCACCCUGGUCUCCUGCGCUAACAGUCAGCGGGGGGGGAGGUCCGCUCAAACUUUCCUGAGAUGCAGGGGUUUGUUCACCGCGUGCCGGAGAGGAGAGACGGGAUGGGAUGGUGGCGAGCUGAAACGGAGGAGCGGGCUGUCAGCUGUUUGCUUUUUUUUUUUUGUUUGUUUUGUUUUUUUUUCCCCCCUGUGCCCAGCACGGACAGACUUAAUCGAUUAAUGGCUGUCUGGGGACGUGAGCGUGACUCGGAGAUGAAGCCACGCGGUUCUCAUGAUCUGCUCUUCAGGAACCCAGUCGAAGAAAACGGACAGAAAACAAAGAAACAAUCAAAACAAAAAAAUAUCUUACAAUGCAUAAGAAUCAUGCUUACAAGUGAACUUAAUGCUGUGCAAAAAGAAAAUCCAAGCUAUAUAUAUAGAUAUUUAUAUAUGUGUGUAUAUAAAUAUGUAUAUAUAUAUAUAUAAAUACAUAUAAAUAUUAUAUAUUCCUGUAAUAACACAAUUCAAGUUUUAAGUUUUUGUUAGUUUUUACCCCAUGUUGUUUGUUGGUGUUCACAGUGUGUGAGAGCUGCACCAUAUGACCCCCCCCACCACCACCACCAUGACACACACACACUCACACACAACCAUCUUACUCUGCACCCUUGUCCUAAUUUACCCCUGCUGCUAUAUGACAACUAUUCAACGUGUGAAAAAUAAAGAAGAGGUUUGACUUACUGAGGAUAAACAGCAAGAGGGAAGCAUGAAGGUAGAGACUGGCUGCAACAUUUUAUAACUGGGAGCACACACACACACACACACACACACUGAUACACGCCAACAUGCUCCAGCUCCUCAUCAGUUCCCACCUUCCUUUCCUCUCGUCUCGUUCCCUCACCUCCCUCCUCCCCGCCCCGGCUUUAAGCGCGUCUGUCUUUUCGUUUCCUGCUGGACUAUUAUUCUCCUGUACAGACUGUAAAAUGUAUUAUUUUGUACAACUUUAUGGAAGAAAAGAAACUAACUUGUAGAAGA